CUCUGUGCUGCACGACAAUUCGACAGUAUAUUCGCCGCUCGAGAGACGGAACCAGGGGGACAAGUUGUAGACCUCCAAAACUAUUUUACGGUGAUGCGUUAGCGACAGUAGGGUAGAUGAGAGCUGGGAUCACUCAAACCAGGAGAACGCGAAAUUAAACCGCAUUUUAUGUCAUGUUUGGAAGUUUUGACAGAACUCGUAAAACAGAGUAUAUUCUUUGAACGUUAUUGUAAGCACAAUUCUGGGGUUGACAUACAGUAGGAGUGGGAGUUUCUGUAAUCGCAUGUUCCCCUUUUCCAAUGGACACGCAUUUGGAGACCCCUGGUACACCAAGUAGACCUAUGGAAUCACUUCUGUAAUGUGGAUUGCACAUUUAUUUGAAAAAAAUAAAGGUCUACUUCAGAACGAUGUGAGAAGAUACGCGUCCUGGAUUUUCAUGUUUCUGGAUAUCUUAAAAAUUAUUGGCAACAGCUGAAAGUCGCUAUGCUCAAGGGAUUUCUGCUCAGGUGUCUUGCCUGCUCCGACCGUGGGACCAAAAUGGAUUUGACGCCACUGCAACCCCCCGUCCCACAUUAACAGAAGUUCUACCAGUUCUUACAUUUUGUUAUUAACCUACGGUUCUAAAUUUGACAAAUGCUUUGGAAGAAAUCGCAAGACGACCCGCAUGGAUUUUAAAUCGACAUUUGCAUUUGGAAUUUCAAUCAUGAACUUUGUUGACAGUUUGAUAACCUUGUUUCUCCUGACGCUUCUGUAUUUGUCAGCUGUCAAGAGUGCCCACAUACCGAAAGAAGGAUGGAGGAUUUCGCAUGACGGCGGUAGGUGUAAGGCACCGUGGGAAAAGGGCUUUCAUUGGGCUCCCUCGAAGGCAAACUGCCAAGGAAACAGGGUUUGUGUGGUUCACAUUGAGAGCACAGGGAGACCCACACCUUCUAGUGGACUGAAGUGUAACUACACUACGUCCUCAGGUUGGCUGAAUAGGCUCCAACAUUGAAGCCAUUGUAACACAUUUCAAAUAGAAUGUUGUCAAUUUUCACUUAAAAUAUCCAUGAAUUCCAUUUGAAAUAUAGAAUGGAAUUGAGUCUCUGGCCCUCAUGGGUUCUUUACACAAGCAUAAGUUGCACAAAAUAUUUGGAAAGGAGCUGCUUUCGAUCAGAAGCUGAAUGUUAUGUGAUAUUGUUUCAUACUAUGUUUGGUUUGGCUGGUAUAGGACACUGCAGGGGGUGUGCUAUGAUUUCCCAUUUCUCCUUUACUCUCCAAGAGGAAUCAGAGUUUUUGUCUGUCUGUGGUGUCUCAAUGUCUUUCCCAACAUGUGCAGCCCCAGGCUACAAUGUUUUUAGUGCUUCAGUGCAGAAGGUACCACACUUUGUGGGGCUGAGAGAGGGAUUGAAAGAGGGAGUCAGUACAGAAGCAUACCAGAGCCACAGUGAGAGAGGAAAUGAGAGAGACACCUUGAUGGUGAUAUCCUUCAUGGAGGUGUACAAUAAGAGCCUAUGUCAGCCCAGGGAGCUGCUGGUAGAGAUCGCACAGGAGUACCCAGAGGAGGUAGAACAUAUCUUUAUCCCAUCCUGUGUGGUGCUGACGCGCUGCGCAGGCUGCUGCAACGAUGAGAUGCUAGAGUGCACGCCAACCUCCACGCAUAACAUGACCAUGGAGAUAAAAAGAAUAAAACCCCAAAGGCAAGAAAAUAAUAUCUUUAUGAGUUUUACAGAACACAGUGCGUGUGAAUGCAGGCCAAAGAAUGAAGUGAAAGAACAGAGACAAAAUCAGUGCGAGCCAUGUUGUGAUGGCUGUUCAGAGAGGAGGAAGCAGGGGUUCAUCCAGGACCCUCUGACCUGCCAGUGUUCCUGCAGAAACUCCAAUGCCCACUGCCGGGCACGUUACCUGGAGCUCAACGAGAGGACCUGCAGAUGUGACAAGCCAAGAAGAUGAGAGGCCAAACUUCAGAUGAAAUGACAUGAUGGAAUAUUCACAAGAUGUUUCACAGCUCAGCACUUUGAACUUUAAAUUCUAAGCUCAUUUUCUCUGUGGAAAGCAUUCCUCUGGACUGACUGAGAAACAGCGGAGAGAGAAAGAGAGAAAAUGAACAGACAGAAAAAUCAUCCCAAUGUAGAUCUGUAUAUACUAAAGUAUAUACUAAAAGUACAGAAUUUUUAUUGCUGCUAAAAGAAAACUAACUAAAAACCCAUCAUUAUAAAAAAGCAAACAGCUGUGUGGUUUUGUAUUUCACUGGCGUGUGACCGGACUGCAGUUUUGUUGUAAUUUCAUUUAUGCAAAUUCUUCACUGGAUAUAAAUGAGUGGUUAUGUGUCGAAUCAGAAACAACAACCUAGCUAUGUGGUACAUAAAUCAGCAGAAAAGAGGAGGAAGAGAAGGGAGAAUUUUCUUGGAGGGAUGGAAAGUACUGACCCAUAGACUCCCGUUGCAGGAACCCAAUUGCAAUGGCAGGACAGCCAAUGGGAAAAUGGGGAUCUGUCACAUUGUGACAAUUUCUUUUACCUGAAAGCAAGUUCUAAAACUGAUGUGUAGAACUUGUGGAAUGCUAGAACUGUGUCUUUUGCUGCCCUUUCUAGCAGUGGAACUGGAUUUGGAGUGCCAUUAAUACUUCUAAAGGGAUACUGAUGAUUGAUUUUGAUAUACAUGGAAACCUCUAGAAACAACUGAUACUGUAGCUUGAUUCCAUUGAGAAAAUGUGCCUCAAACUGUGCUGAUCACUUCAGAGUGAGAAAUCCUGAAUCUGCUUCUUAAAUUAUUUAUUUGUUUUCGGGGGGGAGGGGGAUGGUACGCUGUCUGCGGUUGAACUCAAUACAGAAUGCAAUAGUAUCGAUGGCAAGCUCUCUGUAUAUAUACUAUACAUACUUAAUAUCCCUUAUGUCAUAGUCCGCUAUAGAUAAUUUAUAAUGUUAGAGUAUUUUCAGUAUUCAGUCCUCUACCCGUAUUUAAUUUGAUCUAUUUAUAUAUAUACAGUGUUAUGUUCUUUUGGGUUUCCCCCCUCCCCGCUAUGUGAUGUCAUUAUCGUCUCCUCUCUGCCUAGCUACAAGGAGACACUGCUCUUGGCUUUUAUAAGAAAAGAAAAUCUUUAUGUAAACAUUCCUCAAAUGGAUCAUUUGUAUGGACGGCCUUUUUAAGGUGGGGGUGCUGCGUGUGAUUUUCACCCUGCUCGUGUGUGUGUGUGUGUGUGUGUGUGUGUGUGUGUGUGUGUGUGUGUGUGUGUGUGUGUGUGUGUGUGUGUGUGUGUGUGUGUUUUUAGAGGCAGAGUAGGCUUAUGCUUGUUUUGAGCUCCACCACGCAAAUAACAAUAAACCCUUGCUAAAAGAAAGCUUGGCCUACCAAGUCAA